CCCCUGGAAAAUAUAAUUUCCAAAUCAUCACCUCGCAUACUUCAAAAAGUAUCAUUGAAACAGUAUCACCUAAUCGGCAGCCAUCACGGAACCAAUAGAUUCUUUAGUACAAUAGAACAGUUCAUCGAAUACACUUUGCCAGUCCAUCAAAAUAAAAUAAAAUUGAAAGGCAAUGGAGAAUAGAUAAUUCUAAGAAUCAAAGUUUCGUUGAGAUCACUUAAGUCCGGGGUACCCUGGGUCACUAGCUACGUCGCUACGAACUUGAAAGACCAACAGGGAAGGUAGGAGGACCGAGAAGGGGUCCGCAGGAGAGACUCGGAAGGCACGUCUGUCAGAAGGCAGCGUUUAGAAAAGGUACUCCGGCGUUGGGCAUACCGAUGCCAUUGCAGUAUCGCGAUCGCGGAUCGGGUGAUGCGUUCGCGGAACGCGUCCUGCCAUUUCUCAGGUGACAAAACGUAGCGUGUUUAGGGUAACAGUUUCGAGAUACGAUCGCAGAGAAAGAAGAAGUGUUCGGAAUGGAGGAGCAGCAUUAUUCUUGACUGGACGUGGCUCUCUUCGAAGCUCAUCCUGAAUACCGGCGAUACCGCAAAGCAUGGGUUCGGAAGCGUGGGAGCUGGAACGAAGAUACUCGGUUCCGGGAGCCUUGGACACCAGAGGAUUAGAACCACCCGCCAGUGAAGACUUGCAUGCCUGGUCCAUCUACAGGCAAAAUUUGAAUUCCGACUUCACGGACUCGGCGUUGGGAUCAGCAGAAAAGUCUCCUCUUCCUUACGGAAACUUCCAGCUACGCGACUCGACGGUGCAGAGCAUACUCAGGCAUCCUAGAUACGGACCAAAGAGUCCUCUGGCUAGCAACUCGUAUACCUAUUUAAAGUUCGGUCUGCCACGAGUUUUGCCUCCGAGUUCACGGAAUCGCGACGGGUCCAGCGGCUAUGACUCCAGCGAGGAAGGACGCCGUGUGUCCCAUGCCGGGACCUCUGGCCACGGGACCACCUCGGCUAUGCGUUCCGCCAGAAGCGAUCCCGAUUUCAGGCACGUUCACGCGGUGCCCAGGGAGCACGCGCACUCGCAGCUAACGGUUUCCCGGGAGAAUCCGCGGCUAAGAAGCGCGAGCGAGGCGAAUCUUCUUCAGGGAGGAGCGAAAAACAACCGGAGGCACAGCAUAGCGCCGAUUGAUCCUGGUUACGGGGUCCAUGAACCUAGAGGACACGGUAUCCUGGGCCCAGAAAGUUACGCAUUGCCCCUCAGACCAGUGCCCUGUCUUCAGCAUCCUCAUCUUCAACUUCGUGGCGUGGAAGCUUCAGGAUCAGAUGGAUUACCCUUGCUUCGUGGAAUCACUUUGGAAGCUGGAGCCACUGAGGUUCUGGCUAUCAUGGCGACCACAGAGAAAGAGGGGAAGCUGAUCGUGGAGACGAUUGCUGGUAGAAAACGCAUCAAGCGAGGGGAUAUCCUGUUAAAUGGGAGAUCAGUGUCGUCACGAUCCUUGAGGUCUCGCGUGGCUUACUUAUCUACAGAGUGUAGUCUAAGUCCAGGUCUAACCGCUCAACAAACCCUCAGCUUUUACAUGUUGCUGAGGGGCGGCCCGAACACUUCCAAGCUCGAGGCUGAAGCAAUACUCCAGGAGCUUGGCCUGGAAGCUACCAAGCAUUGUCUGGUGAACUCUUUGACUACUUCCGAGGCUAGAAGACUGGCACUGGCGUGUAGACUAUUGCAAGACUCUCACAUCCUGGCGUUAGACAGGCCGACGCACGGUUUGGACAUAUUCGACGCCUUCUUCCUGGUGGAUUAUUUAAGACAAUGGGCGAAUAGAGGGCAGAGGUUAGUGGUGUUGACACUGCAUCCUCCCACUUAUGAAAUAUUGACCAUGGUGUCGAAGGUUGCGCUCACUUCUGGCGGCAGGAUCAUGUACUCUGGUCCCAGGAGGGAUAUGUUGCCAUAUUUUGCACUAGCCGAAUUCCCUUGUCCUCCGUUCAAGAAUCCUUCUGAUUAUUAUCUUGACCUGGUGACUCUGGAUGAUCUGUCUGCUGAGGCGAUGCUGGAAUCCUCCCAGAGGAUAGAUCACUUAGCUGAAUUAGCAAGGACGAGACUACCGCCGUUAUGCGAUCCUGGACCACCCGGUGCAUUGCCACCCUCCAUUUCAAGUCCUAAUAUAUUUACUCAGAUCUAUGCGUUGCUGUUGAGAACGCUGAUCUACAGUCAGCCUUGGACGCUAACCAGAUUACUGCGGAAGAUAGUCAUCUCUGCGUCGCUCAGUAUUUUACUUGGUGCAAUAUUUUGGGAUGUUGCCGGGGACUCGAAUUUACAUUUAAGGGAUAGAGUAGGUUUUCAUUACGCUAGCUUAGGUAUCCUAUUCUGGCCUCUGACACUAAUGGCGAUUUGCGAGGUAGCCGACUGCAGGCCAAACGUUGAAAGGGACAUUAAAGAUGGCCUCUAUGGUAGAUUUAUAUACAUUUUUAUGGAGUUACUUUGUGGAAUAUUGUCCUGGUGUAUAGUUUAUUUAAUAUAUUUAGCACCAGGCUACGCAAUGUCAGGACUGCACUUAGUGCCGGAUGAAAAUCUGACAUCCCUUUGGAAUUAUCUUGGCAUCGGCUUGUUGUAUUUGAUACUGCAACACUUGAUCUGUAUUCUGUUCGCUCACACAUGCAAGUGGAUUUAUUUGGCCUCCCUGUUUGCUGGAAUCGUGAUUGGUGAAAUGACUUUGGCAGGAGGUGUAACUUUGCAUUUAGAAAAUCUGCCAGGAUGGUAUCAGAAGAUCAGUCCCAUGCAAUGGUCUCUGUCAUUGCUGCUACCUCUGCUUCAUCAAACAGAUACAAUGAAUAAAUUGACAAACUGCAAGCCAAAACAAAUUCAGAGGCAAGAUAUUAUUGUUCAAGCAGCUUGCGAACCACCUGAUGGUGCUCUGGCAUUGUACGAAAUUGCUCUGAAUAGACUUAAUGUACAAGGAGAACUUUGGCUAGGAAUAGGAAUAGCCAUUGUCAGUGUAUUAAUUGUAUUGGUAUUCCUGUGCAUUAGGUACACAACUCCUAAAAGACUUAGAAGUGCACCGAACAAGCCAUAAAGUGCAAUAAUUUCAAUCAAUGAUUGAAACCGUACAUUCCUUAAUUAGUCUAUUUUAUCAUUAAUCUAAACAAGUAGCAAAGUAUUCCUUUAACAUUGAAAUUUUGUAAGUACAAGCAUAGAUAUUAACAAGAAAUGUACUUCAUCGCUUUGUUAUAAAGUAUAUUACUUUUAUACCAUGUCCUGCUCAUUGAUUUUGAUUCUUGUCUAUAUUAUUUGCGACUUUUUAAAGCAAGGAGCUUUAGAAACUUGCAAAAUAGACUGGUACAAUAAAGUUCCAAAAUUCAAUGAGUAAUUAACUUGCAGUCCCCUUUGAAUGCUUUAAAAUUGUAACUUGUAUUUGUAUUGCUAUAAUCAAACUGAAAAAAAAGUGUUUUUAUCAAA